AUUUUAAUAUAUAGGAAAGUUGAAGCCCCAGAAUUCAAGUUCCUCACAUCUUAUACUCAGUUUUCUUCUGCGUGACCCUCCCUAUUUAAUUCUAAUAGGAAUACAAACAAAUGCCUGUGAUCCGACCCCCUUUACUCUCUCUCUUCCUAUCUUCUUCGUGAUACAAGGCCUCUCUCUCUCCCCCCCCACCCCCACAUACUGUUCAUACACCAGCCUGACCCCCGGCUGCUCUGGUUUUGCGUCUUCUUUCACUGUUCUUUUCCUUUUGAAUGCGAAUAAUUUGCGUCGGAAUAUAAUAUGAGAAGGCCAUUUAGAUAUUUCCGCAGAUACGACUACUUCGAUGCCUUGCCGGACGAUCUUGUGGUCUCCGUUCUCUCCAAGCUCAGCUCCACUGCUUCUUCUCCUUCUCAUUUCAUCAACGUUCUCUUAACAUGCAAAAGACUGAAUCGAUUGGCCCUUCACCGUCUCGUAUUGGCCAAAGCUGGACCGAAAGUAUUUACCGUGAAGGCCAGAAACUGGUCGGAAUCCACUCACCGGUUUCUCAAACUCUGUGUCAACGCCGGCAACGUCCACGCUUGCUACGCUCUUGGAAUGAUCCGUUUUUAUUGCUUACAGAAUCGAAAGAGCGGGCUGGCUCUUAUGGCUAAGGCAGCUAUGAAGUCUCACGCGUCGGCACUUUACUCCCUCGCCGUGAUACAGUUCAACGGCAGCGGGGGCUCGAAGCGUGAUAAGGAUCUUCGAGCCGGCGUGGCUUUAUGCGCUCGAGCAUCUCUCCUCGGUCACAUCGACGCGCUACGUGAGUUAGGCCAUUGCCUUCAAGAUGGCUAUGGCGUGCGGCAGAACAUCGCCGAGGGGCGGCGGUUGCUCCUCCAAGCCAACGCGCGUGAGGUUGCCUACGUCAUACGCUCCGUCUCGCAAUCGUCUUCGUCUCCCUCCCGUUCCUCCUCUCUGCUGACGUGGCAUGCUCACCGGUAUCAAAACAGCCCAUGCUUGGCGGAUUCGACGUCUUCGCUGAGCAAUCCAGAGGUCCACCAGCCGAACUGGUUUCUAAGAGAGUGGUUUGAGUCGGGUCGGGGAGUGCUGGCGGAGGGUCUGAGACUGUGCGCGCACAUUGGAUGUGGUCGUCCGGAGACGCGGCCUCACGAGUUUCGCCGGUGCUCUGUUUGCGGAAAGGUGAACUACUGCUCGCGUGGAUGUCAAUCGCUCGAUUGGAAAUUACGACACAAGAUGGAAUGCUCGCCGGGUGAACUGUGGAUUGAGGAUAACGGCGGCGUCGGUGAUGGUGGAGGAGGACCAGCAGAGGCUGACGGAGAGGGUGGUGCGGACGUGGCAAAUAACGUGGCCGUUGGAUGAGGGAGACGGAAUCUUCCGGCCGAAUUACAGGGGGUACGGUUUUCCUUUCCCACCAGAUGGGGCAAAGCCCAGUUUCUUGAGAAAUUCGUUUGACAAUUUGUCGUAUUAAUCCUCACAGUAAAUAUUAGAAAAAAAAUUGUUAGAUAUUCUGUCUCGAUUAACCCCACUGAUCCUGCCUUCGUUUUCUUUUGCCGUCUUCUACGAAUGUAUGGAUCACUCGGCAAGAUAGUCAAUAUGGAAGUUAUUUCCCUUCAAGGAUUCUUGAUGGAUUUAAUAAGUGCAGUGGUGCUGAUGAAUC